AUGAAGGUGCUGACUCUGUCUAAUACUGUAAGGCUGGUUAUCCUUCACUUACUCGUAGUACUUUCCCAAAGUCACAUACCUUCCUCCCCUGUCCUCCCAGUCCGGAUAACCGUACCCUCCCAGUGGCAGUCUCUGCCCCUCUCUCAGGCCGAUCUGGGUCUUCUUUUCACCAACUCCAGCCCGUUUUCUUUCACCCAGUCCCUGUUACUCGUGCCUCCUUCAGGAACUGCCUCCAAACCUCUUCUCCACGCUGCUUUUGGUUCUUACACCAUCGCUCAGAUGAUGUCUGAACCCAUUCCUCCAUUAUCUCCAUCUCUCACUGCAUCGCUCCUAUCUAAAACUGUUGUAAAAGACAUUGAUGGUAAUCAAGGAGAAAAGUUUAAGGUGCGAGUGCUGUUUCACAUGAGGGGUGAUCCUAACCAGGGCACGUGUGUUACCCUACAUGCUUUUAAACAGACUGAAGAGCAGAAAGCCUCCUGCAUCACUCAGCCACCUUUUGCCCUGUGUGUGGUUACUUUGACGCUUCCAGAUGAUUGGUUUGAAACUGACCAGAACGUUGAGUCAAACCUGGACGAGACUUACCAGCAAAGACACUUGAGCAGACACCGUUCUCGAAAGCGUGGGAAACGGCAUCAAUAUAUGCCAAGAGGAAUCAGGGACAAAUCUGGAAUCGCGCUUAAUAAAAUUCAUCUUUACUAUUCCUCCUCCUACGGUAUCGCAUUAAACCUCAAAGUUGGACUGCAUCGGUCAGAGACGCAGCUGCACUACAUUGGACCUGUGGGACUUGAAGAAGAGAGGAUAGAGACAAAUGAGACAAAGCAGAGCUGUGCAUGUUUACUUGGACAAGCGGAAGAGAAACUAUGGCUGGAUUCCAAUGUGCUGAUUCUCUAUAGCAAAGGUCCAAUACGUGCGGGACGACCAGUCAGAGUCUCAGUAAACCUGAGAGAAACUAUCAAUGUGGAGUCAUUGAUUGUUAGGCUGAAAUUAAAAAAAGGAUUGUUGUCUCUGGAGGUCCACCCAGCCACAAACUCCGACCUGUGGACCGUUAACGUAGAGAAGACUACAGGUUCAAAAUAUGAUGUUAUAUCCAUCAUAAGCCACAUGACUGGUAGUCUUCCAUAUUAUACUGGGUCCUCUGCUUUGAAUCAGGUAGCUUGUCUCUCACUUGAUGGUUUACACAGAGGCUUUGGUGUAGCAAUGACUGUCACCGCUAGCUGGUGGGUGGAGUAUUUCGGUCGCAAGUCUGCAAUUUUGCCACAAAGGGCAGCCACAAUCUCUUUCUCCUUUAUCGACAGAGAAUUGGUGGGGAUCGCCCCCAUUACAGCGAGCAACACUAUUAUCAACACCGCCAUCUUAACAAGUCAGCCUGUGUCACUUCCUGUCACUGUCUUAGCAGUGGGCCAAGAUGGCAAAGUAAUUGAUGUGACCACUGCCGUGAAGUGUCAAUCAGCCAAUGAAGACAUAAUUAAGGUGUCUCAUGACUGCUCUGUGCUUUUUGUGGAUGGAAGUGAAUCAGGAACAGGCAGCAUUUGUGUGGAGGUGGAGUUUUCUUUGGGAAAAUUCAGUGGCUCUUUGUGCUUGGCUGUGUGGGCUCCUGUGGUUCCUCUCCGUGUGUCUCUCUCCGACCCUGUCCUAAGUCCAAUCAGUGGCUGGAGCUACUACAGUGAGAGCAGGUGCAUGCCAGUUUAUCAAAGAUCCACCAUACAGAUUUUGGCACGUUUCAGUGCCCAAUCUGGAGCUCAGGGAGGGCAACCGACCUACAUGCUCGGAUCACCUGACUGGUUUGUGGAUGUGACUGAACUUGUUAAGGACUGGCUGAGGAUAGAAAACCCACAUAUUGUGGCUUUUGAUAAGCAGAAGCAUCUGGUUGGCUUAACGCCUGGAAUUACUUCAAUAUAUGUUAUAUCAAGUCAGUGGGACGGUGUACUUGGAAGUGCUGAUGUUACUGUGACCUCUGAACCCGUCACUUCUGGUGACCUCACUGUUCAGUUGGUGGGAGGGCUUGGCCUGUCCAUUAAUUCCAGCCCAUCUCAUCCCUCUAUUGUCACAGCAACAGUCAAUGCUCACAACACACUUUACAAUCAUGGGCAAGAAGCAUCUAUCAGUGUUUGGAUCCAGUUUUCUGAUGACACCGCCAUAUUUGUGUCUGCCUUUACUGGAAUUCCCUAUUCUCUCCGGCUCUCUUCAAUGGCUGACUCUGUGGUUACAGUGACACCUGUGCCAUUCCAGCGCAUCCUGGCAGAAGGUGAUGGCGGAGGACCUCUCGUAAAAGCUGAGCUGCUGAUCACCACCUGUGAACCGGUAUCUAACCACAUUGAAGUGGACACUAUCCAAGAAAGAAGUGAAACAAGAAGAUUGGAAAAAGGUUCUGGGUGGAUAAGGGUAAAUCUGAACAUGGACGUCUGGUCAAUAGAAAGUGAGGAAUCUAACUUUGAGAUGUUCGAUGUGACUGAUAUGCUUGUUGACUCUAACAAGAAUCUGUAUGAGGAUUUUGAAGAUGAUGAAAUUACUGUCAAUUCCACCAGUGAUUAUGUUGUUGGUGAUGAAAAUGAUAUGUUGAAAAGAAAUAACUUGGAGCAGGCAGUUCUGAUCCCCAACCAUGAAGAGAGUGCAGUAUACUUCUCUCCUGGAGAGGACUCCGAGGAAGAAAGAGAAGUGAAAACUGUUGAUAGACAAAUAGAGAUUGCCACUGGAUCUGUGCUUUCUCUUCUUUGUCUCUCCUGUGUUCUUUUUCUGGUCAGCUGUCUGCCAUGUGUAUUAAAAGAGAAGAAGAACAAAGGACCACGAGAGGGAAAUGUAAACAACAUUGUGGAAAACGAAGAAACUGUGGAAAAGCAAGAAGAGAGAGAGGUAAAGAGAAAAACAUCCAGUGAAGUGAGAACUGGAAUUGACAGAAUAGAAAGAAAGUGACUUUAUUUUCAAAAUGUCUUAGAAAAAAUGUCCUGAAAAAGUAAAUAAUUAUUUGCAUUUUUUCUUAAUAAUCGGAUUCAUUGUUGUACCCAUACCUAUCAAAAAGAGAUAUAAGAGGACCUAAAUAAUUUAAAUUAUUGUUCAGUAUUGUUUGUUUUUGGAUA